GCGUGUCCCCUGUGCUCACUGGCUUUCGUGUUGGUGUGCGCAUUACGUGUGCUUCAGGGGACUGGGGCGCAUGAGUGUCGCAGCUUGGACACUUUGACCCCUGUGUGCACUUUCUCAGGUCUGAGUUGGAUUCUGUCCCUCAGCCCUACGGAGGGACCCUCUGGUAUGUGUGUCCCUGCCCUGCCGGGGUGUGGAUGGUGCCCAGGACCCAGCUAGCCACCAGCUGAAGACACCCUGCUUGGAAGCCCCCAGUCCUGUGGGCUCUGGCCCGCUGCCCUUCCUGCCAUGGCGUUCCGGCGGACCGAGGGCAUGUCUGUGAUCCAGGCGCUGGCCAUGACGGUGGCUGAGAUCCCCGUGUUCCUGUACACCACCUUCGGGCAGUCUGCCUUCUCACAGCUGCGUCUGACGCCAGGCCUGCGGAAAGUCCUCUUUGCCACCACCCUGGGGACUGUGGCCUUGGCCCUUGCUGCUCACCAGCUGAAGAGGCGCCGGCGGAGGAAGAAGCAGGUGGGGCCCGAGGUGGGCGGCGAGCAGUUGGGCACGGUGCCCCUGCCCUUCCUCAUGGCCCGGAAGGUGCCCUCUGUGAAGAAAGGCUGCUCCAGCCGGAGGGUGCAGAGCCCCAGCAGCAAGAGCAACGACACCCUCAGCGGCAUCUCCUCCAUCGAGCCCAGCAAGCGCUCGGGCUCCUCCCACAGCCUGACCUCGGUGAGCGGCUGGCAAGCCCUGCCAGGGGACAGGGACCGCGAGGUGCCGGGGACCUGGAGAGAAACGGCAGAGAGACCGGGGUCUUAUGCUUGUCCCGCUGCUGAUCGUGAGCAGGCGCCACACCGGCCCGGGCUGGCACCUGGUGGGGUCCCGGGCGAGCGGGAGCGAGGUUUGUCCUCUUGCCAUGGGCGGCGGCAGGGUGCAUGCGCGCUGCAGAAGUGGGAGCAGGCGCUGAGCGUGGGCCAGCGUGGAGACAGUGGCAGCACCCCCUCGCCGGGGGACCUCCUGCGGCCCCCGGAGUCGGCCUCCGAGGCACUGUCAGAGCCAGAGUCGCAGCGGCGGGAGUUUGCGGAGAAGCUGGAGCUGCUGCUGCACCGCGCCUACCACCUGCAGGAGGAGUUCGGCUCCACCUUCCCCGCCGACAGUGUGCUGCUGGACCUGGAGAGGACGCUCAUGCUGCCCCUGACCGAGGGCUCGCUGCGUCUGCGGGCCGAUGACGAGGACAGCCUCACCUCUGAGGACUCCUUCUUCUCGGCCACCGAGCUCUUUGAGUCCCUGCAGGUGGGAGACUACUCGGUGCCACGCUGCAGGCCCGCUGCUGCCUAUGAGGAGGCCCUGCAGCUGGCCAAGGAGGGCAAGGUGCCCUGCCGGACCCUCAGGACUGAGCUGCUAGGCUGCUACAGUGACCAGGACUUCCUGGCCAAGCUGCACUGUGUCCGGCAGGCCUUCGAGGGGCUUCUGGAGGACCCCGGGAACCAGCUGUUCUUCGGGGAGGUCGGCCGGCAGAUGGUGACCGGGCUGAUGACCAAGGCCGAGAAGAGCACCAAGGGCUUCCUGGAGAGCUAUGAGGAGAUGCUGAGCUACGCCCUGCGGCCCGAGACCUGGGCCACCACGAGGCUGGAGCUGGAGGGCCGUGGGGUGGUGAGCAUGGGCUUCUUCGACAUCGUGCUCGACUUCAUCCUCAUGGACGCCUUUGAGGACCUGGAGAACCCGCCGUCCUCUGUGCUGGCUGUGCUGCGGAACCGCUGGCUGUCCGACAGCUUCAAGGAGACGGCCCUGGCCACUGCAUGCUGGUCAGUCCUGAAAGCCAAGAGGCGGCUCCUGACGGUACCCGAUGGCUUCAUCUCCCACUUCUACUCCGUAUCGGAGCACGUUAGCCCUGUCCUGGCCUUCGGCUUCCUCGGCCCCAAGCCCCAGCUCGCAGAAGUCUGUGCUUUCUUCAAGCUCCAGAUCGUGCAGUACCUGCGGGAUAUGUUUGACCUGGACAACGUACGCUACACCUCGGUGCCCGCGCUGGCCGACGACAUCCUGCAGUUGUCUCGGCGCCGCAGCGAGAUCCUGCUGGGCUACCUGGGGGUGCCGCUGGCCAGCAGCAUUGGCCUGAAUGGGGCGCUGCCCCGUGGGAAUGGGCCCCUGGCAGAGCUGCAGUAGCGGCAGGCACAGACUGGAGGGGACUCUGGCUGCCCAGGCCCAGUGGGCCCUGGUGACGGAUGGCAGAGAAGCCGCCCCUCCCUCGGGGUGGCACCAAGGGCUGUGACGGCCCAGGGCAGGGGCCCCACGCCUUCGUUGGGCCCCCAAGGCUGAGGGCAGCUUUCCCUAAAGAGGGUGCAGCCCCAAGGCGGUCCUGGGGGCAGUGGGAGAGGAAGGAGGGCACUGGGGACAGUUGGGCCAGAAGAGCCAGGCCCAUGGGAGGAGGCGGGGAGGAGGGGUGGCGAAGGUCACAGAGUGCAAGCAGGAGCUCCCGUUGGAGUCCAUGUGUCCGCUGGCCCCACCCUGGCCACGUCCUGCUGAGCCUGUGGUUCACUGUGGGUGGAGGCUCGGGGCGGCCAGCCCGGGCUAUCCGGGGCCGGGGCAGAGGUGGCUCCGUCCCCCACAUUCCCGCCCUGCCAAAGAUGGUCAUUCCUCCUCCUCCCGCCAGCGCCACCACCAAAGAGGUCGUGGGGGUGCUGGCUCCCCCGCCCCGCCCCUGCUGUGAGCCCAGAAGUCCUGGAUGGCGCCAAGCUCGGAGCUGGGGGCCCAGGGACCACUGGGGGCGCAGAGCACAGCCGGACAGAGGCUGCCGGGCACAGGGGUCCUGCAGUGAGGCCCGUGCCUGUCUGGCCGCAGAGUCCGCCGGCCCUGCAGACCCUGCAGACCCGUCUGCCAGUGCUUCUGCCGGAGCCGCACGUUUUAUUUAUUGCCUUAACACUAGACAGAGGUUCUGCCCCUUCAGGUUUUGGGACCUGUGGGGGAAACGGGCUCCUUUUCUAGGCUGGGGCUGGCCCCUGCUGCUGGCGCUGAGGCUUCUCCCUGGGGCGGCAGGGCCGUGAGGGGCUGCAGCAGGAGAGGGCCCCGAGCCUGGCCCCACCUCGCAGUCCACGGGCUCCGCUCAGCUCCGGGCUCCCCGCCAGCUGCACCUCACAUUCCGAUCAUGUGCACCCCCGGCUGUGGGUGUGGCCCGCUUGGCUCCCUGUCACCGGAAGCGGCACUUCUGUUCAUCACUUGUUUACACGUCUGCGCUGCCGCACUCACGGCUUCCACCUUCUGUACGCACAGCGCUGGCAUCGACCUGAGUCAAAUAAAGACCGAGCCCAGGAACCCAGGCCUGCUGCGUGUGGGGGCCUCGGGCUAGAACUGGGGUGGUAGGGAGCUUCGGGGACGGGAGAAGCCUGGGGAGAGGGGGCUGUGGUCUCGCUGGGGCCACUGGGCAGCCUGGUGGUAUCCACACGUCCCCAGGCAGUGCAGUGCUCAGCGGCAAGCCAUGCGUGGUGGCUCAAGCUUGUGAUCCCAGCAUUUGGGAGGCUGACACAGGAGGAUCUCGAGUUCAUUGCCAG